CCAGCGCGUAUCAAGGUUUUACGACAGUUCUGCGCCAUUUCCGGCAGAAACAUAUGAACAGCACAGCGAGGAAAACAUGAGAGGUCAGAAGUUAUGGUGCUGAUUUUUGACAGAAACGGAACGUAACAUACAGAUAUGGCCAGUUCCAUGGUGGCAGUGGGACUGGCUCUGGCGGCAGCUGGAUUUGCAGGCCGCUAUGCCAUGCAGGCCAUGAAGCAGAUGGAGCCUCAGGUGAAGCAGGCCCUUCAGAGCUUCCCCAAGACAGCUUUUGGAGGAGGAUAUUAUCGAGGUGGAUUUGACCCAAAGAUGAAUAAGAGAGAAGCUGCCCUAAUUUUAGGUGUCAGCCCCACAGCCAACAGGAAUAAGAUCAGAGAAGCCCAUAGAAAACUGAUGAUCCUGAACCAUCCAGACAGAGGUGGAUCUCCCUACCUCGCAGCGAAGAUAAACGAAGCGAAGGAUUUGAUGGAGGGUCAGUCAAAGAAAUAGAAACAAGGACGCUGGUGAUAACUUCUCGCUGAUCUUCGCUGAUCUUAUCCAUCCUGUUGCACUGACUGACUUGAGCGAUUACCACAAUUUUCUAAAUGAUUGUUCUCAAAUAAAAUCACUGUACAAAUUGUUAAA